UUAGAAAAAACAAACGUCCGAAAACUUAAUGUAAUCAUGGAGUAUUUAGGCGAAAUAAUUGCUUUUGGAAUUGACACCGUCGUAUUCGCUAUUUGCUUGAAACAAUAUAUCUACUACAAGAAUUCAAUUGAAGCGGUUAAGAGUGUUGAACUUCACGAUAUUGGGUCAGAUCUGAAAAAUCUAAUAGAUAACAGUCUAAACAAUAAAAUAGAUUAUGUUGCCAUCAAAGGAAUAGUGAAACCAUUAGGAGAAUCACUGCAAAGUAUUAAUAAAAAAAAUGUUACUGGAGUUAUACAGAAGUUUACAGUUAGUGAACAUGUUAUUGCUAGAACAUCGACUGGUUUUUGGUCUACACAUGAACGAAUAAUUCAAAAGUUAUAUCGUGUGGUUCCAUUUGUUUUACAAAAGGGAUGGUACUCUGUGGAAAUUAUAGAUCCAUUAUCUGCUGAUAUCUUAGAUUUGGAUAUAAUUUCUGAUAAUUUUGAACCCAGUGUACCUACAUUUGUGGAUCUUGUAUGGGGAUUUUUUACAGGAGUGCGUCAACGUGGCAUACAGUCUACAGAAGAAAUGUUGCGUGAGAAUUCAAGUAUUACAGCAAUAGGUGAGCUCUCGACAUCACAAAAUAAAUCUGACACUCUUAUAUUGCAAUCUCCGUUAAAUGGGUCUCCUUUUUACAUAACAAGCAUGUCAAUCACCACUUUGAUACGGAAUUUGGAUGAUCGUAAGAAGCUGUACAGGAUAUUUUGUGUAAUAAGUGGCGCAAUUGGAUUAUUGCUUGGAGGAAUCAUGGUAAGACGCUACUGGAAGAAUAAACAAGAGCAAAGAUUGAUGGAGCAGUUACGGCAAUCACUUGAGACAUCUCGUCAAGAAAGACGUCAAAGAGUCAGAGAUAGAGAUCUCAGAGAGGAUCAAAUAUGUGUGGUUUGCAAUACAAACGCUCGCGAAAUUAUUCUACUGCCUUGUGGUCAUGUAUGCAUAUGUGAAGAUUGUUCAGCUAGCAUUAAUAAUGAUUGCCCUAUUUGCAGAACAAAGAUCACCCAAAGAGCAGCAGCAUAUAUAGUAUAAAUUUUAUUUUGAUAUGAUUUAAUUUUUAUAAAACAAAUAUCUUUCUUGUAUU